AUGCGCCAACCUUCGACACCAGUUGCAAGCCGGGACGACACCCCCGACACCAGAUCCAGCAGCAACGUCCCCACCUGUCAAGCGCAAGAUGGCGACACGAUCCAAAUCACCUGCACCUGCGAGAGAGGGAGGCUCUUCGGCCCCCGUCCGUUCAACAGGAAAUCCACCAAGCCUUUGCCGAAGUGCUGCAGAACCGAACAUGGCUCGCCAGUCUCGCCUCACAACUCGACCGCCUCCGGGCGACACCACCUCACCCGCACGAGCACCGUGCGUAAAUCCAAAACCUACAUCGUCUGGCAGUGCAACUGUCGCGGUUACGGCAAGAAACGCGGAUACUUCCAACAACACAUAAAUGCACUCCCCGUCGAAGACCGACCGGACGUGAUUGCGCUGCAAGAGCCAAGGCGCCUAGCCAAGCUCUCGGGCUACGUGACGUUCGGGUGCGACAAAUCGGAGAAGACGCAAGUCAAGACACUGGUCAAGAGAAACGCUCCGGUAAUCCUCCAUGACACUGGCAUCUCGACCAUCGACCAUCUCCUGAUCGAGAUCAUCGCCCCCAAGAUUGCGGACACCCGCAGUCUUUUCGUGCUGAACAUCUAUAGCGGUCCUCGUUCCAAGCACAAGUUUGCCAAGCUAUUCCGCGCGGCGCUGGACAUCGCCCGGAAACAGCCUCUCCUCGUCGUGGGAGAUUUUAACGCACCACACCCGGCCUGGGGAUACGGGACGGAAAGCGUUAAGGGCAGGAAUCUCUGGACAGAUACCCACGAGUCCGGCCUCUCGCUGCUCACCGACCCGGACCAACCCACCCGGCGGGGGAACAUCCGACAAAACGACACCCCGCCGGACCUCGCCUUUACGAAGCACGUCAAGGAGGUAAUAUGGAGCAACACGGGAGAAGACCUUGGAAGCGACCACUUUGUUGUCCGCAUCGAUGCGACGGCUGGCCCGACUCAACGCAGGGGCAAACCUUGCACGGUCGUUGAGUGGGACAAGUUCCGCUCGCUUCUCGAGGAAGAGCACGUCGACGAAAUCCGGGACAUCGACCUCUGGUCAAACUGGAUCCGCACCACAGCUGACCACGCCACCAAGGUGAUUCCCGAAGACGAUGGUCUCGACGCGGCGGAUAGCCGCCUUCUCCACCUCUGGGAAGCCAAGACACAGCUCGAGACACGACUUCUCACACAGAAGAAGAACAGAUCGCUUCGCCGACGCAUCGCUCAGCUUAGCCGCACUAUCGAAGAGCACGCCGAGCUCGUCUGUCAACAGCAAUGGCAAGAUCUAUGUGACAGCUUCGACGGGCAGCCCAACGUGCCAAAAACGUGGAAUAUCAUUCGACACCUCCUCGACCCGGGAGGCAACAAGGCCGCGCAACAUAACCGUAUGUGCGAGAUCCUCCGAAGAAGCGGAAAUUCCGAAGAGGACCUCAUCGACUUGGUCCGCCAAAGAUAUUUGGGAGACACGCCGCCCCGCUCGCCCACCCUCUACGCGGGAAGCCCUAACGAGGUACUGGACGCCGAUUUCACAACCCUCAAAGUGACCGCUGGCAUCCGCGACCUCAAAACGAAGUUCGCUCCCGGUCCCGACGAAGUCACAAACAAGAUGCUCCGACACCUUCAACACGACAUGGUCGACAAGCUCACGGCUUACUUCAACAGGUGCUGGCACGACGGAAAGAUUCCUCCGGCCUGGAAGACGGCGAGGGUGGUGAUGAUUCCCAAGCCCGGAAAGAAGUCUUCCAUCGACGCGCGGCGUCCCAUCUCGCUCACCUCGUGUGUCGGGAAACUCAUGGAGCAUGUCGUACUGAACCGACUAAACAGGUUCAUGGAAGAUCGAGCUCUCUACCCGCACAUGAUGGUGGGCUUCAGACCACACCUCUCGACGCAAGAUGUCAUGUUGCGUCUCAAACACCAGAUCAUAGACGGAGAGGGCUGCUCUAGGCUGGACACGCGGGCCGUGCUCGGCCUGGACCUUACCAAAGCCUUCGACAACAUCAAGCACAACGCGGUCCUGGCUGGCCUGGAGCAGCUGGGGGUUGGAGCCCGGACGUAUGCCUACAUCCAAGACUUUCUCACGAACCGCACAGCCCGAAUCUCGAUCGGCGGUGCCACCUCUGAAGAGAUUCCCAUGGGCGUCAGGGGCACCCCCCAGGGCUCUGUCCUGUCUCCUUUCCUAUUUAAUACGGCCAUGCUGGGCCUCCCGGAGCGCCUGGAAGCCAUCGGCGGCCUUCAGCACAGCAUCUACGCGGACGACAUUACGCUGUGGGUGGCUGGCGGCAGCGAUGGCCAAAUCCAGGACACGCUUCAAGCGGCGAUCGACGCGGUCGAAGACUACGUGACGCCUCGAGGCCUCGUCUGCUCGCCCCAGAAGUCAGAGCUCCUCCUCCUCAAACCGGUUCGAGCUAAACAGCUCCCUUCAGACAUCGAGCUGUACUCGCGGGGAGUCCGAAUUCCGGCGGUUAAGAGCAUCCGGGUUCUCGGGCUUCGCAUCCAAGCGGACGGCAACAAUUACGAGACGAUCAACUCGCUCAAGGCUACGACCUCCCAGAUCACACGACUCAUCUCGCGGAUCUCCGGCCGUAGAUUUGGCAUGAGAGAACGUAACCUGGUCCGACUGGUACGUGCCUUCGUCGUCAGCAAGAUGGCAUACGUCCUCCCGUUCCUUCGUCUCGCGGUAGCAGAGAAGACCAAGCUCGACUGUCUUAUUCGCAAGUCGUACAAGAGGGCGUUGGGUCUAGCCGACUCCACUUCGAACGACCGUUUCGCGGCCCUCGGCAUCCACAACACGGUGGACGAGAUCGUGGAAGCUCAACGCCCAUCUCAAAUGGAACGUCUCACGAGAAGUGCGACAGGUCGCCAUAUCCUCCGCAGCCUAGGCAUUCGCUACGACAAUCAGACUGGGCCCAAGUGCGCCGUUCCCACGCAGGUCCGGACCGCGCUCCUCAUCCAACCCAUCCCGAGGCACAUGCACCCGAUACACCACGAGGGUCGCAGGAGUGCGCGUGUUCGGGCUCUACACUCCCUCCUCAGCAAGGAACGUGACGUCUACUACGGAGAUGCAGCCGACUACGGCACCGGCAAGAUGGUCUCUGCUGUAACCGAUGCCGGGGGGUCCCUCGUCUCGAGCUGCAGCAUUGACACUACGGAUCCGGGAACGGCAGAAGAGGUGGCCAUCGCCCUCGCUCUCCACACGUACAAGGCGCGCUUUGUUGUGAGCGAUUCACAACGGGCCAUCCGACAGUUUGCCAAGGGUCGUGUAUCGCCACAAGCAGUCAAAAUUCUGCGCGGGUUCGCCCCCGCGACGUCUCCCAUCAAGCUGAUCUGGACCCCAGCUCACUCGUCUCUUCCCGGUAACGAGAAGGCUCACAGCGCAGCCCGAGGAUUGAUUGGCCGGGCGGGCGUAAGGCUGGACCCCUCCACCACGUCGUUGGCGGGGAGACACGGGCUGGUCACAUUCCGGGACGUCCUCAACUACUACGCGGGCGAUCGCGCUCGCUACCCGCCGGCGCACGCCGCGCUGGACAAGGCAUCGACGGUGGCCUGGCGACGCUUGCAGACGAACUCCUACCCGAACCCUUCCACGCUCCACAAGCGGUACCCGGACCGCUACUCCCCCAAGUGCAAGCUCUGUGGAGCGAAGGCGAACCUGCGGCACAUGCUGUGGGAGUGCGCACGACUCGAUCAAUCGAAGUAUCCCAAGAUCUCCGCAGUCACCAGUCAAGACGACUGGGACGCUUUCCUCAAGGCCUCAUCACAGGAGUUCCAAGAAGCCGUUGUCCGUUGGGCCGAGGACGCCGCCAAGAUCCAGGGGAUCCAAACCGCCGUCUGA